CACUUCCCUGCAACAGGACCAGGAACAGCUUGCCAGUACUGUAGCUGCAGCAGUUCCUGCCCUGAGGAGGUUAAGUGACUCGGCCACUUGAUCUGGCAACGAGGGACGCCCAGGAGGUUCAUGGGAUCCCUUAUAAAGAGCUUUCUCUGAGGGACGGGCACACACGGCAAUCUGUGCACACGUGCCUGCACCCCGCCGCCGCCACACACACACACACACACACACACACACACACACACACAGGCACAGCGACUUUGCUGCUGCCUGAUUCAUCCUCGUUUGCUGAGCUGCAUCCAAAGGGCUACCGGCUCUUGAUCGCGGGCGGGCAGGCAGUCCUGUGACAAGAGGAAAACAAGCUGCUCGUUGCCAUUGCCACCCUGCUCCCCUGGAAGGGCAGAGAGGAGGGAAGAUGGACCCGGCAAGAGCUGGGCCCCCAGAGAGCAGAGGAGCCACCCGAGACUCCGGCAGCAAAGCAGCCAACGGCGGAGGGCAGCCGAAGCAGGAGGGAUGGGAAGAUGCCCGGGCGUUUUAUGAAAACCUUUCCCCCAAAAAGAAACCCAAAUCAGUAAGAGAUUUCUUCUUUCCUGGGGCGGGAGGAAGGGUCAGCAGGUGGCCUGCCUGGCAGGGUGGCUUGUUUACUUGCAUGUUUGUACAUAUAAAGAAUAUGACACUCUGGCUGGGUGCAAGGAGAAAGAGAGAAAACCCAUCCUCGGGAAUAGGAAAUGUCAGCUGAGGGAACCUGUUGAAUCUCCCUGCUUGGCUACCUCCAACUGUAGAGUGUUGGAGGGCUGGGAGACCAGGGUUCAAAUCCCACAGAGUCAUGAAGCUCACUGGGUGACCUUUUUGGCCAGUCACUGUUUCUCGGCCUAACCGACCUCACAGGGUUGUUGUAAGAAUAAAAAUGGAGAAGGGGAACCAUGUAUGCCACCUUGAGUUUCUUGGAGAAAGAGGUGGGAUGUAAUAAAUAAAUGUAAUAAAUAAAAUAAAAAUAGGUGAUGUAUGGUGGAGGGAGGCCCACCUGCUGUGGCCAAAGGAUGGGAGAGCCCUCAGCUCAAAGGUGGAAUACAGAUUUUGCAGGCCCAGCCUGCAGCAUGUCCAGUUAAAGGAUUGCAGAGGCCUGGGAAAGUUGCCCUCGCUCAACUCCCACCAGCCUGGAUCAGCAGCUGGGAGUUGCAAUCGGAAGCAUCUGGAGGGGACCAGGUUGGAGAAGGGUGUCUUAGACUUGAGGGGUCUACUCUUAGACAGAGCAGAUAGGUCUAUACUCAAUCUAUGAUAGUUAUUCAUUUCAGUUUUGAAUUGGUUCCUAUAAAGCACCUCAAAGUGAGGUCACAACAAGAAGAAAACAUAUAAAUACAAUUAAAUACAAUCCAAUACCAACUGGAAUGGACUGAUGAUCCAACUCAGUAUAAGGUACCUUUAUAUGGAUCAAAGGCACAUGUUGUACAGCAUCAUCGAGAUAACAGGCAUUCAGCAAAGAAUGUUAUUUUUCCUGGAAGAUGCUGUUCUCGCUUGCAUGGAAGAGGCCCAUGACAGCUGCAGAGAUAAAGCAGGAGAAGGGAGUAAGGAGUAGAUGUAGCCAUGAAAACAGAGUGUGCCCUCUUCCUUCUGGGGACCAAGGUCAAAACCUUGUGGGCUAAGACACACACUCCAUCCGUUAAGAACCCUUUGCCAGUUCAUAUGCCCAGCAGGUGGAUGUGUCUGUGUACACACACACACACACACACACACACCAUGUCUCAUGGUACCACAUCUACUUUUUCUAACAGCAGGCUUAAAAACUGCUACUCCCAAGUAUUAUUUCUGGAUGAUGUGGUGGAUCAUCACCGUCUGAGGCUGGUCCUUCUGUUUACUGCAGGAGAGUGCCAAAUGUCUCAGGGUAGCCUGAGUAUCAGCGUUUCUUUCUAACAUGACUGCUGGAGACAGCCAGUCCAACUGGCAUCACCUGACAGACUAACCUGGGCGAGGACCUGCCAAGACCACCUAUAUAAACCUUACUGAAAUGGAUAUGAAUUGUGCCGGAGUGCUUCACAAGCCAUGGGCAGAGCCAUCACUCACACCUGUCCAUCUCUAAAGUUCACGAUGUCACCACUCCAGCCAUCUGACUGUUUGGCAUUAGGCAGGUGGAAAAUGCUGUAUUAGCUGUCCAUUUAGUUACUUCACACAUACUUUAACAGGCUGCAAAGCUCUUGCAGGGAGAGAGAGUAAAAUCUGGCCCACAUAUGUCUGCAACAGCCUGCAUAGAUUUUCUGCUCAUCAUUUGCUUCUCUGUGGUCCCAUGUCUCCUGUCCAGGGUAGUGUUCACAUCCCUGUUUACUGUGCACACACGAUGUUAUCCAAAAUGCACAGGUAUCCUGGACUUUGUUAUACAAGACUACUGCUUGAUGCCAUGCUUGGAGUACUUAAGCCACUCUUAAUUCACCUCUGGCCAAGGUGUGAGCACCUUGGCAUAGGGUAAAGACCUUGGUGUAUACACAAACAGAUAUGAAUCUCACAUUAAUGAAGCUGUGCUGAUGUGAACAGCUAGUGGGAGAAAGAGCUGUGAAACACAAUGGGACUCCAAUCUAGUACCCACCAAAUGCUUUGGAUUACAACUCCCCUGAGCAGGGUUGGGUCGGGCCGUUUUGCUGUUCUGCCUCCUGAGGCGACUGCCUCAUCUUUCCACAUGGGAGGGCAGUCGCUGUCCAUGAGUCCCAGCAUCAUAAGGCUGUGCAGACUGGGGUUGAUGGGAGCUAUAGUUCAAAAUAUCUGGAGGGCGCCAGGCUAGGAAAGACAGUUUCUUUUUGAAUCAAGCUUGAAAGGCUCAGUGCUAACAACUGUUGGCAGAAAUACAUUAGUUUUUAUCUGAACCCAUGGCCAAAUGAAAACCAUGACAGCUUUUACUUUCCAGAACAGUGAAUGGGUAGGGUCUUAAUUUCUGAUCAAAAGGAGGUGGGGGCACUGCUCCAGUCACCUCCCACCAGCAAGAGAAAUGCUUCCCCUCCUGCACUCCUCUGACCAGAUUUGCACCUCCCCAACCUUUUAUGGCAGCCUUUCAAACAGGAGGUUGUUUGUGGGUUUUUCACAUCUAGUUUUGCCCUGUACCUGGUGCUUGUUUGGGGCACUCCCUUGCAGUUUUUUUUAAUUCCACAUCUCUGCAGAUUUUUAAGCUUCUGGUGAGGCAGGUUCCUUCCCUUCCCCCUCUCGGUUCCCGGCCCAAAUGCUGCUGGCCUUUGCCAGCUGGCUGGCCCUUGUGGCUCGCGGACUGGCUCCACUUCAGCAAUGCUGAGAUUGGACUGCUGAAAAACAGCCCCCCACCCAAGGGCCCCAGGCUAGCCUGAAAGCUGGCCACAGGGAGGGAGGAAGGAAGUCACAGCACCAUCCAGCUCAGGUCCAAAGUGUGGGCCUUUCUUGAUAGGUAAAAUAUACAGAGUGUAGGGCCAUUGGAAAAAAUGUGCAUAAAAUGUGCUUAUGCUAAUUCAUGCAAACUGAUGCCUUUAUCUAACUGAUGCAAAUUUAAAUGCCAUAGAAGGCCAGGCAGCUAAUUUCUCAUCCAGCUCACCCCAGAUAAAUUCUUAAAUUAAUUUUCACAGACCAACUCACCCCAGGUCAGUUCCUCUUCAAUUAAUUUAUCCCCCAUUAAUUUCCCCGUAGAUCCUAUUCAGAAUCAUUUCAGUCACCACCACCCCAUUCACGGCUGCCAAAUCAUUUCGAGAUGAAGUCAUUUUUACUCAGUUUGGUCCCCAAAUUAAUAUCCUACCCAGUUACCCUGAUCACCCCCAGUUCAAUUUGCCCCAAAUUCAUUGUCCUCCCAUGAUCACUUGUGACACUAAUUAGUGGGCGAUAAUAUUCUGUCUUUGUGUAUUAAAUAGGGCUGGCAUACACCUGGAAUUUCCGGACAUAUCCAGGACUUGUCCGUCGAAAAUAGUAUCUGGGCUGAAUUUCUGAAAAUCGGCAAAAAUGUCCAGGAAAACCUGAGCAUAUGGAAGUGCCCCCCCCCCCCGAGUUCAACAACUUUUGUGUCUGGAUUUUCACUUUUUGAAAUAUGGCAACCCUAUAUUAAAAAGCUUCUCCUGUUGAUUUCUGCAGAUCAAGCUGCUGUUAAAAGUCAAAAGAGUAGCCAGGCUGGGUUUGUGGUCAUUUGGCAAAUUAUUCCCUCCAUACUAAGGGCUCAUUCACUCUCACUUUUGCUUUGCAUUUCUAGGCACAGGCCUGGGCUUUCCAGGUUUGUGUGUGAGCACUGCCCCAGACUCUCCAAGUGUCCCUAUUUUCCAAUGUCAGUCCAGGAUUUACAGAAGCCGUCAUGAUUUCUGAUUUGAUCCCAGAAUCUCCCGCUUUCCUUAGGACAGGGGUCUGCAACCCGCGGCUCCGGAGCCGCAUGUGGCUCUUUUACACCUUUGCCGCAGCUCCGGGGCGGAUACUAGCGAGGGGAGGAGGCGCAUUGUGCGCCCUGACACUCCCCACUGUGGCGGGCGCUGUACUGGCUGUGACGUCGCAUGGGGGCGGUGCGUGCGUUAGUCACGCACCGUCCCGACGUCACCUUCCCGCCUGCCCGCUACAUUGUAAGGGGCAUGUACGCUGGUCACUGCAUUGAAAGGGGGCAUGUAUGCUGGUCACUGUUUUGAAGGGGAGUGAAGAACACACACAAAAAAAGUUAACUUGUUAAUUUAACGUUUAUUUCUAUGAGGAGGAGUAAUUCGGAGGGGUCAAACAAAAAUAAAUAAAAAAGUGACAAAAAAGUUAUUUUUAUAAUGACGAGUUUUGCGGCUCCCAGUUUUUUUUCCUUCGGAAACGGGUCCAAGUGGCUCUUUUUGUCUUAAAGGUUGCAGACCCCUGCCUUAGGACGUCCCUAUUUUCAUUGGAGAAAUGUGGGAGGGUAUGGAGUUGUGCGACCCUGAGCCAAGGAGAUAAGUGGUAACUGUACAACCUUUAGAAGACAUCUGAAGGCAGCCCUGUAUAGGGAAGUUUUUUUAAAAAAAUGUUUAAUGUUUAAUUAUUAUUUUUAAAUGUUGGAAGCCACCCAGAGUGGCUGGGGCAGCCCUGUUAGAUGGGCGGGGACUAAAUAAUAAAAUUAUUAUGAUUAUGGAAUAAGAUGUCCCUAUUUUCACUGGAGAAAUCUUGGAGUAUAUGCUCCCCACACCCAGCACUUUCCCCAUAAACACCUGCUCUUGGAACAAAAGGCAAUCUGCAGAAAACCUGGAUUGCUGUUUGUUCCAUUUCAGUGUUAAAAUGUGGGUUUUCCUGAGGAAAGUAACAAAACAAAUAAAACAAAGUGCUUGGACACAGAGUGGGAAAGCAUGAACCCGGUUCAAAAGGUAAGUGUAAAUGAGCUGUAAGCUUACAUGGAGAUCAGACUAUUAUCCAGUCUUUAUUGAACUGCUUGCAGGGCAUUUAUACUCCUUCCUGUUAACCACUGCUUCACCUCAUACUUUCCAGUGCAUUUCCCCUGUCCCUUUCCUAAUUGCGAAAAUUCACUUUCUUUUAAAAAAUUCUUACAACUUGAAAUCACAUCCUCUUGUAAAUUCCACCUGGAGCAGCUGAAAAAUACGAGGUCUUUUUAUGGAAAAAAUCCUUUGUUGCCCUAGGGCAGCUGUGGGCAACAUCUGACCCUUCAGUUGUUGCUCAACUACAAUUCCCAUCAGCCCCAGUGGCUAGUGGCUAGGUGGCUAGUGGCUAGCGUGGCCAGUGGCUAGGGGUGAUGGGAGUUGUGGUUCAGUAACAUCUGGAGGGCCAAAGGUUGCCCACAUUUGCACUGGGGCAAUGGAGCACUUCAGCUGUCCAAACAUUUCUGGUAUGUUCUUGCAUCCCUCCUGCAAAAUACAGUCUGGAUGUGACCUCCACAAUCCCUAUGCACCUGACAUGAGGUUUUCUGGUUGGAGGCCUUUUCCACCCCCACUUCCAUACUUUUGUUUUUUACUCCCAGGGGCAACUUUCUCACUUGACUAUCUCUGCACUCUAUAUUCCUGCAGGCUCCUGGAGUUAAUAGGAUUAAUAGAGCACCAUUUCUCUGAUCUAGCACUUCCAUUCUGGCUGCCUGACAGCUUUCAGCUGUGAAAUAGCUUGCAUUCCUUGAUGGUAACUCUGCCUCCUUGUCUCCUAGUACAAUGCAAUGGUGUUCUGAUCUGUUUUGGGAUGCCAGGCUCUGAUCAGAAACCCAGCAAAUGCAACUAAAUUGCUCCCUUCUCUGUUCCAUUAAUCUUUCUACAAAACUUAAUCCUCCACCCCAGUCUAGAGAGUGAGGAAGAGGAUGGUCUGGAAGGGAGCUGACCUCAUUUUUCUCUCCACCCCAAUUUCAAUCUGCCAGGUUCUGUUUGCAUUUAUGCAACCAGCCCCUUCCCUCUCCUCCCUGCCAGCCAGGGGCUGCUUUCUAGAUCCAGACAUCUCAUUGGCGUUUCCCUGACCUUGUGCAACCUUGGCUGUUGCUAGGAUAAAUGGGGCUUGCUCGGAAGUAUUGCCAUCUCCUGCAUCCUUGCAAGAGCUGAAGGUUGCUGAAGGUCACACGUGCACUGGGUCACAGGUCCUGAGGUUUGUCUGCCGUAAUAAGAGGGAGCCUGACAAAGAGAGAUUAAUGCAGGAAUAAGACUUGCAUGGUUUUCUUAACUAGUGAAAAGCCUGUUAUUACAAAAGGCAAAAUGGGAAUGUAGAUGGAGAGCCUGUACAUUACUGCUGAUAUAGAAAAAUAGGGGUGGUUGGCUUUUGCUGCCUAACUCCCCAAGGGACCAAGGCCCCUAAUUCUAUGAUUGGUCAGAGAUGAAUGGAUGGAGGCAGGAUGCAGUGAAAGCAAGGCAGAUCUUUAUCUUUCUGUUGCAACAGAGUUCCCUCCCUUCGCAAGGAGGCAAGAGAGACCCAGAAUCAGAAAGAAACAUCUCUUUUAAGGGUUUGCAUUUUGGCAUGGAGAAGGAGGACAUCCCCUCUACAAACAACCAGAAAUUACAUUGAUUGUAAUUUCCACGAGAACUAGUGUUUUGAGAGAAGGAGAAAAACUUUGUUUCUAUUCACUUUUUCCAUGCCAUGUCAAAUUUUAUAAACUUUUGUCGUGUCACUUUUAUAAGGUCAAGGCUCAAAAACAGGACCUCAAAGGCAAUUGGUGCACUGGGGUGGGGUCAUCCCAGCAACAGACACAAAGCAAGAUCAGUUAUUUUUCAGCUCUGCCAACUAACAGGUUCAUUUGCCAGCCAGAGACAACUAAACCAAAUUAUAAUUAUUUUUUGAAAGAGCUCUCAAGGCAGCCUCAAACAAAAAUAAAACAGACACAAACAAGAAAAUCAAAUAAUUAAAAGGGGAAAAAAAACAGAGGGCUAAAAACUAGAGCAACACUAAAACCAUCUGUAGUAGCAAGGAGAGGUCAGGGGAGUUAUGCCUACGGCAGGGAUAGGAAACAAGAUUUGGUGGGUAGGCUGGAUACUAACCUGUCCCAACACCCAAGGUCAUUUUGACAGGUGGGCAGGGCUGUGAGGCACUCCAGAAAAGGGCACUGCAGCAGGAAGCCAUUAUUAUUAUUUAUUAUUUAAUUUUAUUCCUUGAAUUUGUAUCCCGCCCUUCCUUUCUAAGGAGUUGGGGGAGCAAGCUGAUACACAGUUUGAAAAAAGCAACCCCCCCCCUAAAACAGUUAAGGCAUUAAAAACAACAACAGCAAUUACAACUAAAAACAUCUAUUUCCUGGCACUGGGAAUACUCUGUGGUACAAAUUGUCAACUUUGGGGUGGGGGCAAAAUCUGGGAUUUUGAGAAACUGCUGUGGGUGUCAGUAACAAGAUGGCUGCCGUGGGGGUGCAGCAUAACACAAAAUGGCUGCCACAUCCAAGAGAACAGAGAAGGGGACUGGGGGAAAUGGUGUCAGCGUAGUCCAUCCGGUGGAUGUUGAAUCCUGGCAUCCAAGAAAAUGUGAGCAUGCUUCAGGCGAGAAGGUGUUCAGCGCUGGAGAAGCUGAGUCAGUGCAAACAGGAGCUGAGCAGGAAGAUGAAGGUCUCAUAUGAGGAUCGUAAAACUUAAAUCGCCCUGCAACCCCGGAAGAGCUAUUAAAAUAAUAUUUUAGCUAAUUAGUAACUCAUGGCUCCCACAUUAUUGAGAAUUAUUGUUAGCAGGGAUGUUAAUAACUAGUUAAUAGCUGACUACCUUGAACAACUAAUGGCCCAAUAUUGCCUCACAUUUUGCCUUUUUGAAAUGUGGAGAGGUGGUCUUAGGAAGGUGUUUCUACUUUUACACAGAUUUCCUAAGGUCUUUGACCUCUGUUUUGGUCUUUCACCUCAGGUGCCCAGCUGGGUCUGAAUUAAGCUUGCAAAAGAGCAGGUGGGGGUAAGAAAUGGGUUGCACUGUGUGCCCCAUCCAUGGCUGGUUUAAAAGUCCUUUUUGCCUGUCCACAUUAGCACUUGCACACCAGACAGGAUCCCCCAACAAACAGGACUGCCAACUUCAGGGCUGCUCUGUCAGUCUGCCUUCAAGAGCUGUCCAGUCAGCAGCCAUUUAGUAGCAGAAACAUUCGCCUCUGUCGUCAUUUUGUUGCCUAGUUAAGGCUUUCCUUUUUCAGCAGAUCUUUGCGGUGGAUAUAUUUUUUUUACCCCAUUCUGCAUCUAUAUUGCAUUUAAAACUGUUUUAACUAGGACAUUGUUUAUAUAUGUUUUUUAUUAUUAAAGCACUUUGAGAUGCUUUAUAGGAAGUGGAAUCCAGUGAAUAAAUAAAGCCUUCAUGCUGCUGUUUCAAAGGGCAGAGACCAGCCUCAUAAAAUUGCAGGAUCCUGCCAAAGAAAAUGCUAAUUUGCAGUGUUGCACAUAUUAUCUCUCCCAGGAGUGUCCAGUUCAAACUUUUAGACCCAAAGUGCCAAUUAUUCUCAAGGGGAAAAAAAAAAGAUUGUAGCUCUUGACUUCCACUUCCUGUGCUGUCUUUGGUCUCUUUCCCAGAACAGAGAGUGUGACUCCUGGGAUGAGUUAAUUCUGCUCAUCCAUGGGAGACAAGCCAUAUCUCUAGUAUGAUGUACAGACUCUUCCUCCAGUUAUCAGUCAGUGGGAGUUAGAGGGGGUUGGUGGGGCUGGGAAAAAUUCCUGCCUGCAGGGCCAUUGUUAGGUACUUGGUUAUAUAGUUUGCUUUCUUCUUGUUCUUCUAUGCUGGUUAUUUAUACAUAUCUGUAUACAUUUUAAGUUGUUUUAAACUGUUCUUAAUAUUGUGUAUUACUGUGUUUUAAUAGUAAUGUUGUGUUUUAAUGGUUGUAACUCAUCCUGGGACCCGGGGGCGAAGGGAGGGUAAUAAAUUGUGAUAAUAAUAAUGGUUUUCAGAUAUAGGUUACACUUGAAAUAUUGCUAAUUGAGCUUUUUGGCAGCUCCCCCCCCCCCCCAGGAGUCUUGUUUUUCAUUUGGUUUUCUUUGAGACAUUUUUAUUAAUGCAUUUUAAGUUAUCUUCCCUAUUGUUUUUACAAAAGUAACUUGAUAUGUUUUUAUUCAUUUAGCACGAGGUAAUGAUAAAGUGUUAUACAUUAUUAUAUUUUGUAAACACUGUUCCAUUACUUUUUAUGUUGUUCAUAUAUGUAUAAUACCCCCAGGAAGGAUUUUAGUUUGGCCUGAAAUAAAUUAUAUUUCAAGCCCCCCAUUUUUUCUCCAUGUCAGGGCUGCUGCCCUCAUUUUUGUAGUUGGCUUUCAACCACAAAAUUUGCAUAAAAUUUUCAUGUGCUAAUUUAUAUAUGUGGAUGCCUCUGGGAAAUUAUGAUGUUGGGUGGUGGGGGUAUCACCGAUUAUUACAUUUAUAUCUCACCUUUCCUCUGAGGUGCUCAAGGUAGUGUCCAUGGCUCUCCACUUCCCCAUUUGACCCUUACAACAACCCUGUGAGGUAGGUUAGACAGAGAGACUGUGACUGGCCAAGGUGAUCUCUGAAAGUUGUAGCUGAGUGGGUCCUAGCUUUAAGUAGAAGGUGUGGGUAUGACCUGAAGCUCUUGAUUAUAUUGCUACUGAAAAAUAUGCAGGCAGUGUAUUUCCUCUACAUGGCAAAAAGAUUCCUACAUUGCAGGGGGUUGGACUACAUGACCCUCAUAGUCCCUUCCAACUCUAUGAUUCUAUGACAACCAGUAUGCUAUAUUAUUGAAUUAAAUCAGCCUUCCCCUACCUGGUGCCCUCCAGAUAUUUAGAGCUGCAACUCCCAUUAGACCCAGCCAGUAGGACCAUGGGAAGUAUAGUCCCAGACAUUUGGAGGUUACCAGGCUGGGUAAAGCUGAAUUAGAAAAAUAUAAAGUAUGUACAAUUUUAUGACAUCAAAUUCCAUCAGAAUGGCCUUACUGGACCUAACUGAAGUCCAUUCUGCAUCCAGCAGUGGCCAGUCAGAUGCUCUGGGAUGUUGACAAGUUGAAUAUGAAGCUGAUGGCCAUCAUCGCUUGAUAUUUGUCCUCAACAGGAGCACCUGGUGUUUAGAAGCUCCCUUUGGGUGCCAUAGGCAAUAUGGCCAUGGAUAGCCCUGUUGUCUUUCAUGGGCCACUACCAUCUUUUUCUCUUUCUCUCAUGCAGCCAAAGCCACAAAAUGCCAUCACGAUUGCUGUGUCAUCGCGAGCCCUCUUCCGUAUGGAAGAGGAGCAGAAGAUUUACAAUGAGCAGGGUGUGGAGGCCUAUGUGAAAUUCCAGCUGGAUCACGAGAAUGAGCCCUUUCUGCCUGGAGCAGCCUUCCCCUUCGUCAAGGUCUUUUCCUUUUCUGAUGAUUUUGUUCACCUCCAGAUGGAAACAUCAGAAUCUGGGUUCAAGAUAAGAGGAUGAAGCAAGUGCUGGUUGUCACUUAUCAGUAAAUUAGCCCAGGCGGAGGUUUUAUGAUUGAUCCAAUGAAAUGUGGGUUGUGGUCUGUUGCAAUGCCACAAUAUCCUUGUGCUAGGUGUCUCCCUGAAGGUCUAAUGUAAGACUCCAGACACUGGAGAGUCUGUUGGGGUUUUUAAUGCCAUACUAUACCAUCUAUGUGCAAAUGCUACUAAACACCAAUAUCCUUCUUGUGACCCCCAUUCCAAAGGGUAAUGAAACCCAGCAAGCACUGGAACCCCUGAAACUUCUCUUUGCUUUGAGAAAUGGGAUCUGCUUAACAGUGCUUCAGGGAGGGACCUCAGUCGGAGAGCCCAUGGUUUGCAUUACAGAAAGUCCCAGGGUCAGUUCCCAGCAUUGAACUGAAAGGAUCAGGUGGCCGGUGAGCAGGAAAAGGGACUUUCUCUCUGCCUUUGGGGAACCACUGCCAGUCAGAAUCAAUACUGAGGUAGAUAGAGGGACCAGCCCAUAUAAGGAAGCUUCAGGUGCACAAUCAGGGCUUCCCCUGCUUUUCUUUUGCAUGAUUUUGAUUAAAAAAGGAUGUAAAGUAUCUGAAAGAUGAGCUGUUCACCUGACAGUAAGUACUGUACUGAUGGUUGGGGCCUCCUUCCCCCACCUGUUUAUUGUUUUAUUUAAGGAAGUCCGGUUGUGUUCUUGGCCAGACUUUGCUCUGCCAUCUUUGACUUUCUAGGCACUGGAAGCUGUUAACAUGCAGCUGCGGGUGCUCUACCCAGAGAGCGAAGAGCUCUUCGACAUCGUCCUCAUGACUAACAACCACGCUCAGGUGGGAGUCCGCUUGAUCAACAGCAUCAACCAUUACAGUGAGUAACCGGAAGCCGCCUCCCUUGACCAGAAGCACCCAAGCAAUUGAUGGGUUACUUGUCACCUACAGUGGUGCCCCGCAAGACGAAUGCCUCGCAAGACGGAAAAACCGCUAGACGAAAGGGUUUUCCGUUUUGAAGUUGCUUCGCAGGACGAAUUCCCCUAUGGGCUUGCUUCGCAAGACGAAAAUACCUUGCGAGUCUUGAGAUUUAGUUUGCGCUUUUCCCCCCCUUUAUCUAAUCUGCUAAGCCUUUAAUAGCCUUUAAUAGCCUUUUAGCAGCUAAUCCCCUAAGCCUUUAAGCCUUUAAUAGCCGCUAAACCGCUAAUAGCGCUAAUAGCGCUAAUCCGUCAAUGGGUUUGCUUCGCAAGACGAAAAAACCGCUAGACGAAGACUCUCGCGGAACGGAUUAAUUUCGUCUUGCGAGGCACCACUGUAUUUGCAAACUACCAAGUUGUCUUGCUUUUAUACCAGUCUAACUGUCUUGAGUCCCCAUCCCAUAAAGAACCCUGGUAAAUGUAUCUCAGUGAUGGUGUUAGAAUGGGGUGGUCCAAUUCAUCCCAAGGGACACAUGCAGCCCUUCAGGCCUUUUUUUGGUGGCCCUCAGCAACAUUUGACGCACCCUCACAGCCCUCACACUGCCUCUCCAAAGCUGGGUAAGCUUUGGGAAGUAAAUAAGGUAAAUAAGUACAUCAGAGUGCUGCUUUUGAAAGAUGCCACCUGGAUUCCCUGAGAAACAGCUGAACGAAACUUUCGCAUCAAAAGGCAACCAUGGAACCAGUGCAGGUGUGAGUCCCUGCAGGUGCUACAUCUGCUGGUGGAUUGCGCUUCCCAAAGCCUCUCUCUUCCUCCCCUCAAUGUUUUCUUCUUCUUGCUCUCUCUUCCAGACCUGUUCAUCGAGAGGUUUUGCAUGACGGGUGGGAACAGCCCCAUUUGCUACCUGAAGGCCUACCACACCAACCUGUACCUGUCAUCUGACUGUGAGAAAGUGAGUGAAGCCAUAGAAGAGGGUGAGUGAAGGUGUUUGUUGUCCUUCGCCUGCUGUUGGAAAGGGAGUAGGAAGUCACCCAUGUGUGCGAGUGUGUGGUCUGUUGGCACAUGUGGGUCUGUUGGCACGUGUGGGUUAAAACCUAAACUGUUUUUUCUGUUGUGACUCUCCCCCUCCAUCCCGGAAACCCCAGGUACUCUAGUUUUGCACAUGUAGUCUUGUAGGCUCUUUGAACUCUGUUUCCAGUAGCAGACUGCAUGAUCCUGGGAGGGCUCACAAUAGGUUUAUGAGGCUUUCCCAUUAUGAUAGUAGUAGGUAGGGUGACCGCCUGUCGUAUGAGAUGAAUUUGUGGGAUGGAUGCCUGGGAACCAAGAGCUUGUUUACUACAUACAGAAUCAAGUUGCUUAGAAGAAACGAUUGAGGUUAGGGCUACUUCCUUUUGAGGAUGGAGCUGGGUUGCUUUGCUUCCUUGACAGAAUCAUAGAAUUGUAGAGAUGGAAGGGACCAUGAGGGUCAUUUCAUCCAACCCCCUGCAAUGCAGGAAUCUUUUGCCCUAGUGGGGCUCGAACCCACAAUCCUGAGAUUACCAACUGAGCUAUUCUCUUCAGAUAAGACUGGAGAGAACUCUGCCUGACCACAGUCCGUUUGACAGGUCCCCACGCCUAACACCCAUCACACACUCUGACAUAUACACCACAUUGAGCGUAUUGUUUAAUUAUUCUCCAAUAUAACUCAUAUAGCAUUUGGGGUUUUACAGACCUUUACAUAUUUUUUAAAAGCAGAAAUUGAAGUGUGAGCCACCAGGAGGCUGAGCUUCUAGAAAGUGCCGCUAGAUCCUUUUCUUCUUCUUUCCCCAAGGAAUUGCUGCAGCCACCAUCUUCAGCUCUAACAGGGACGUGCAGGUUUCAGAGAACCAGCUGCGUGUAGCCUUUGACGGAGACGCCGUGCUGUUUUCAGACGAGUCUGAGCAGAUUGUGAAGGCUCAUGGCCUUGAUAAGUUCUUUGAGCAUGAGAAGACUUAUGAGAACAAGCCUCUGGCUCAGGUAUGACCAAGAAUGCAUUUUUGGGAAAUGUUGGGAUGGCCACAAGCUGGUUGAGCGGGCAACCUUUGGCCCUACAGAUGUUGCUGAACUACAACUCCCAUCAUCCUAGGCCAAUGAUCAUACUUGCUGAUGGGAGUUGUAGCUCAGCAACAUCCGGAGAGCCAAAGUUUUCCCAUUCCUGCCAUAGAGCAGCUUCUUUCAGCUCAUCCUUCUUCACAGGCUGUGCAUCUUCUUGUUUCUUCUCUCCAUGGAGCCCAGGCUCUCUGCAGCACUCUACAUCCUGACUUCUUCUGGUUUCUACCUCUCUACUCUUCCUGUUUGCUUUACUUAUUACAUACACCAUUCCAGCUCCCCAUCCCAACCUCUUCGCCAAUGAGAAGGGCAGGAGAGCUGUUUUACUAAGUAGUUACAGGUUCCCAGAGUCAUUAGGAUUCCUUUGCCUGUGAAGGAACAGCCUCCAAUAACCCAGUGUCUAAUCUUUAAAUUAGCCAUUGGCCCUUCAGAUGGAGCUGUACUCAGACUCCCAUCAUCCCUGGCCAUUGGAUCUCCCUCUUGUGGGGUUGGGAGCCCCACAAUAUCUGGAGGACGACAUGUUCACCAGCCUCUGGUCUUACAGAAAGCAGCUAUUCUGUAUAAAAAAAGAACAAAUACAAAAUGGGGACUUGUCAUUAUUCUUUCACAGAAGUAUUAUGGCAACAGCCCCUUGCAACAAUUGCAGACUCUGUGUGGGUAGCCAGAGAGGGUUAUUUUCCAAAUGUAUGGAGAGUGGGGAAGGAAGUUCUGGUUGAUGUUGUCUGUUCACCUCUCCAGGGGCCGCUGAAAGGUUUCUUGGAAGCUCUUGGGAAGCUCCAGAAGAAGUUCUACUCCAAGGGGCUGCGCCUGGAGUGCCCCAUCCGCACAUACCUCGUCACGGCACGCAGUGCGGCCAGUUCUGGAGCCCGUGCCCUAAAGACUCUCCGGAGCUGGGGGCUGGAAACAGACGAAGCCCUCUUCCUAGCCGGCGCCCCCAAGGGACCCUUGCUGGAGAAGAUUCGCCCACACAUCUUCUUUGAUGACCAAAUGUUCCAUGUGGAAGGGGCAAAGGAGAUGGGUACCAUCGCAGCCCACGUCCCUUACGGGGUGGCUCAGAAAUCUAGGCGCUUGGCACAGGGGAAACAAAAUGAGAAUAGCAAGUAGCAGAAAAGAGUGGGACUGGGCUAGGCCAGCCUUUGAUACACGGAGAGCAACAUCUCUAUGGAGAGAUGAAAAGUUUAGAACACUUCCAUGAGGACUAGAACCAAAAGGGUUGGGAUGGUGGGUGUCUUGUUUGGGGUAGGUUGUUUGGGAUAAGGCUUCCUUACACCUACCUGUACACAUUGCACUUUACAGAAAUGCUCUUCCCUCUGCCUCACCAUAACCUUGCGUGCCCAUCACACCAUUGCUGUCAGUAUCUGCUGGUAGACUUUUGCUUCUGCCCUGCCAUCCACUCACAAUGUUUCAAGGUUGAUUGUCACCUUUUGCUCUUGAAUAUUCAUGAUAUGUACUGUUUUUUCUUGCGGGCUGCUGCAAGGGGGCUGUGUUUUAUUACACGCUUCAACAGUUGCAUUGUGCAGAAUUUGCUAAUGGUGCCAAUUUAAGCGUUGUAAAAUUCCCAGCUUUCAACACUAGUUUUGGAAGAAAAAGAAGAAGAAGCAAUUUCUAGCUCUUAUGUUUGCAAGGAUGAGCGCAAAAGCAUGUGUGCAAUUCCUUGAUGGAAUUUAUCUGGAAUCAGAAGCCUUGGAGAGCAGGCAUUGGUUGGGUGGUAAGGCUGGGCAUGGGGUGACCUCCUGAGACUACCCCCAACAAUGUGCCCAACCCACAUUGAGCACCCCAAAAACGGUCAAAGGCAGUGAUGACCAAUGGGGCCCAUCACAAAUGGAUUGCCCAAGGGCCCCUCAAAGAGAUUGACUGAGAAGGAGGCCUGCCAACAGAAAAAAAUGCACCAUACAACUCUUUCCAGGAAGAACUCUUAUUAGGAAGGGCCACAGCUCAGUGUUUAGAGCAUCCACCUUACAUGUGGAGGGUCGCAGGUUCAAUCUCCGGCAUCUGAGAGACCUCUGCCUGAAAUCCUGGAGAGCUGCUGCCAGUCAGAGUAGACAGUACUAGACUAGAUGGUCCAAUGGUCUGACUCAGUAUAAGGCAGCUUCCUAUGUUUUCCCCAUCUCUCAUGGCCAACAGAAGCUAAAUAAUUAUGCAAAACACACAUAUGAAUGCAAGUUUGUGUCAUUCGUGCCAUUUUGCUCAUCAAAUGUGGCUUUUGUGAAUGCCCCAUGCCUGCCCCAACCUAAACUCUGCAUCUGCUUCACCUCUAGCAGGCUUAUGCACACUUACAUUUUGCCUCGCUCUUUCCAGACAGAAGCCUGUGCUUUAAUGCUCCAUGUCUGAGCAAUCCCCACCCCACCCCAAGCAAAAAGGAGAGAGCAAGCACAGGAUGAUCUGUGUUUUCUUUUUAUUUCUCAGUGCUUUGAGAAAAGACAGUAAAUUAAAGCUGUGUUCCUGAGUCAGUGUGCUGCAGUGGAUGGUGCUGGAUCAUGGACUAUGACAACGCAGGCCCAGAUCCCCACUGAGCCUUGAUGGCCACUGUUAGAGACUGAAAAAUCAGUCUCACUCAGCCUAACCUAACACACGUAUGCCCAUACACCAUCCUUAGAGGAAAAGCAGGCUAUAAAUGUGAUAAAUAUACAAUCUGGAACCUUCCCAUUCCAAGUGUGUCUGGGAGCUUUCCACCACUUACCCCCCGGUUUUUUCAGCAGGGCUCCAGAGGUCUAUUGAAUAAUGUGGCGUCUUCUACUUUUAACCAGUGUUGCAUUUUCCCUGCUGUGCUCAUGGGCUGUACUGUUAACAUGGGGCAAUAUCUGGGGAGCCGUUCCCUGCUUGACUGCUCAUUUGCCACAGUGGAAGCAGGCGGAGGCUGCGAAAGGUCGUGCUUCUGUGUCUGCUGGUGGCUUUGCUUAGGAAUGAAACAAUGCAAUCAAUGCCUGUCUGUUCUUCUGGGUGUGUUACCUGUAAUAAAUUCUGUCUAUGUUACCAUUCGUUCCC